GACAAAACACUUUAUGAACAUAAACAUCCAUCUAAAAAAAUCGUUAGAUUCGAACCAGCAUAAAGCUAAAAGUUACGUAUGAAUGUUUAAAAGAUAAAGAUAAAUAACAAAUAAAGAAACCUUGAUAUCAUGUAAUUUACCGAGUACCAUUCCCUCUUAAAUAGACUCAAAUUAUACAGGAACUUGAAUUAGCUAUGUUCGUGGUUCGACGACGCUGGUCAACUUAGAAUAUUCUUGGUCAAAUCUAAGCUCUCAAGUUCGAUUAUUUUAUUUUUGCCAAGACUUUUUCAUUGCGUAAUAUAUUAGCUAACCUGCUUAAUUGCAAAAGGCAGAAUCGUGUGAAGGUUCGGCAAUUGGUCAAAAAACGUUCUCAAUUCAUAACGAAAAUCUUGAGCAUAAAUCAUUAAUGAAACUCUAAAAACAGAACCCAUGAAAAUGCAAAUUCUUGAGAUCAUAAUUUACCAUGAUCUUAUCUGCAGUGUAAAUAUUACUAACGUAGUCACCCCUAAAACCAUUGAGUUGUUGACGGAGUAAUUCCUGGAAGAUCAGCACUGAGGACAUGGGAUCUGGAGCCAGUACGCCAGUGUACCCUCACCGCAUCGAACCUCCGCGGACGUUCCGGGCCCGGCAGGUGGCUCCUCCGCUGCAGCCAUCCUACAAAUCCACGUUCGAGGACACCAUCGCAGUGGCGAGCCAAGAACGACUCUUGCAGCGCAGCCCCCGCCACACCGCGGCGAUGACGUCACUCAGACCCGAGUACCGCGUGGUGGCGCGACAAGGGUCUUUGGCUCCUGCAGCGCCCCAGCACAAUUUUGCUUUCUUGAAAGAGAGAGAUGACUCCAGAGGCGUGUACACCGUGAAGCGUGGUGAUGAGUUAUUCAGAGGUAACAUAGCAGACACAAAGCAGGAAGAAGGUUUCAUCUUUCAAGAAGUAUCAGAAUAUGUGUUACAGAGUAAUGGCUUAUACAAGCUGGCAGACACGGGGAAAUUGUUAAUCCCAAAAAGCAGCGCUAUAGUAAGACAAGCAGAUGUAAAUGAUCAUCCUUUUGCACCAUCAAGCAGUGAUACCAAAAGAAUGUCAGUACAAUCUGACGAUGUUCUUCAACUCAGAAACACGAGGAACAACUUGGAAAGGUUUAGCAGCUCCUCGUCCAACGAAAGCUCCCAAUCUGCACCCAAAAUGAUGACACAUGGAACCGACACGGGUCUAGUCCUGACUCGUGUCAAGAAGGCCCUGGAGGCCACGCCUCCCCAGUUCCUGCAGGUACCAGAGAAAGAAGCCAUUUCCAGGGGCACAUCUCCGUCCCCUACUUUGCGAUCCACGAUUGGCACGAAUACGGCGCGCGCGCCUCCCAACACAGGCUACGGUGAACGCAUACAAGACCGCGUUCGUCGACGCCAGUCUAACUCGAAAUCAGAAAAAGACGAUAGCGGUGGUCCGAAAUACACGUUGUUCCAUCAUCACUCAUCUCCUGAGUUAUUCCGAGGAAAACAUAAGUCGAUUUUUUCCACAGACGUGUCGAGAGAUGGUUCGCCUGUGGCUGGAAGACGAGGAGCAGCUACUAAAGAACAAUUUCUUUCCCCAACCGUAAAUCAAGCUUUAAAGUCAUUGUCAACAGGUUCAGUUACUCGAGUAAAUUCUUUACAAAAGAUAGAUAGUAAUUUCUUAUCACCUCUAACCGGCACCUACAGCCGUUCUGGUGGGAACUUAAAUGAAAAUUCAUCGUCUGAUAAACCUUCUUCUGAUCGCAACAGAGUUCGUCAAAAGUCUGCCGUUUCAACCAUAUCAAUCUCUCCCAGCAUCAAGUCUUCCACGCCAUCUAUCGGUCGAAGUGCACAUCAAACACCCAUCAAAAUUAAUGCCCACGGACUUGUUUACAUUUAAAAUUACCGCCAGGAAUUGUAAUGUUAGAUGUUACAUCAUUUAAAACUUCACUUUUGCGUGUAAAAGUUGAAAUAUUAAUGAGAAAUAUCUUUGCUAGUUAUUAAGUGACAAAAAAUGUAUAUCAUGAAAACACUCUCACCUAAUUCCUUAUAUAAUAUUCUAAAGCAAAUCUCAUCAUUGAAUACGAAGUGUGACGAGCUAAAAUAAGAGCUGUUUCAGAAUAUUUGCAAAUUCAUUUCAACGUCAAUAAGUUCUGUAAUGCUUUUCCCUUAUCUGAAAAUUUUUUUACUGCACUUGCUUCGGCCAUUUGUUAGAUGAUCGAGUAAAAGUUUCAUUUACCGCCAGUAAGUGAAGCUAAGUUAUUCUUCUUGAGCACAGAUACGGCAUCUGAAGAAUUAUACUAUAUGUAUUUUAAAUAUUUAAAUCUAUUAUAUUGAGUGGUAAAUCAACUGGAAGACGAAUUUUUUUUCUAUCCUGUGCACAGACAAGUUCUAAGACGAACGUCUUUAGUUACUAUUGCAAGAAAUAAACUGUGCCAGAUUCAACCUUAAAUGCCACUGUAACUGGAAUACUUUGACGCUUUUUAGUUCAUUUUAUUCAUGUCUUCAAGAAUUUUCAAACAAUGAUGU